AUGGCGCGGCCGCGGUCUCGGCGCGGAUUUCGCAGGUUUUUAUCGCCCCCGUUCUUUCGUUUAUUGCGCGAUUUCCCCAUCCCCAAGCCCAACAUCGUGUCGCGGCUGGAGCCCGAGGAGGAGCUGGGGGUGCCCGACCCCAACGACUCCAAGGAGUGGGAGAUCCUCAGGGUGGCCCCUGCAGGGCGUGGCUCCCGCCGGGGGCGCGGCCGGCGCGGCGGUGGGCGUGGCCAGGCGGCCCCGCCCCCCAAGCCCUUCACCUGCCUGGCGUGCGGCAAGGGCUUCACGCGCAGCUCCAACCGCAACGCGCACCUGCGCACGCACCUGCCCCUGGGCCACGCCCCCCAGCGGGCCCGCCCCCUGCGCCAGGUGAGCCCGCGGCGCUUCGGCUGCGGCCAGUGUGGGCGGAGCUUCGGCCGCGGCGCCCACCUGAGCGCGCACCUGCGCGCGCACCUGGGCGAGCGGCCCUACACCUGCGGCGAGUGUGGGCGGGGCUUCAGCUACAGCUCCGCCUUCCUCAAGCACCGCCGCGCCCACGGGCAGCCGGAGGAGGAGGGGAGGAAGAGGAGGAGGAGGAAGGGCGCGCCCGGGCACACCUGCGCACCUGGGCACACCUGCGCACCUGGGCACACCUGUGCGCCUGGGCACACCUGUCCGCGCUGCGGGGCGGGGUUUGCAGACGGCCACGCCCUCCUGGCGCACCUGCACGGGCACGCCGCGGACACGCCCCUGGGCUGUGCCACGCCCGACGUGUGUGCCACGCCCCUGGGCUGUGCCACGCCCUACACCUGCGGGGAUUGUGGGAAGGGCUUCGGGGGAAGCUCCGCCCUCAUCCGGCACCAGCGGCUGCACCUGGGCUAGGAGGGACCGGAACCGGAACCGGAACCGGGACAGGGAAACUUCCAGAACUGGAACCGGAACCGGAACUGGAAUUGGAACUGGAACCGGGACAGGGAAAGUUCC